UAAAAUUUUGCACCAAAUUGUUUUUAUGAAUUAAAAUAAAGUUUUUUGUAAUAUAAAUAUUAAAAUUCCAGAGAUUUUUGUGUUUAAUUAAGAAUAUUUGCGAUACUUUGGCGCCAGUUGCUGUCACCAUUGCUGCGGUAGCUGCCAAAGAAAUAGAGACCCUCAAACAGUCGCUACACGAGAAAGACACACUGUUGCUGGAAAUGGAGGCCAACUGCCUAACCGAUUCCGAGCGUCAAGCCGAACUAGAAGACAGUGUUAUUGCCUGGCAAGAUAAAUACGAUCGUCUGUAUGAGUCGCAUAAACGAGUGCAAAAAGUCAAUCAGAGUUUAGAGGAUAAAUUGUUGAAAUUGGUCGAUCGUAAUACGGGCGAAAGAGCACAACUGACCAGUGAUGUGGCCACACUGAGUGUACGUUUGGCACAGGCCAAUUUCAAUAUAUCUAAAUUGCAAAGAGAUAUUGAACGUUACAAAACCGAUAUCAAUUUAGCCAUACAAUUGUUGCAAUGCAAACCCGAUGGAUUUGUGCCACAAAAAAUAUCUUCACUUCCAAUUGAUAUACAAUCGAAAGUAUCCUCAUAUAUGCGUUUGGAUACAAAUUCCCAUUCAGAUUCCGAGGGUAGUGUAACGGGUAUCGGUAUCUCAACAACAGCUGCCUAUAAAGUGCUUCCAGCAACGGACUCACCACCACCGGCACCCUGCCCCUUUCCGCCCACAGCCAUGGUAUAUUCUAUGCGGGGCCUUGGUAAGUAUGGUAAACAAAAUUCCGAGUCCACAUUAAAUCUGUCAAAUAAUAAUAAUAACAACAACAACAAUAACAGCACAAGUGAUACGCUCAACAAUAACAACAAUAACAGCAACAAUAAUAAUAACAAUAAUUCCGGCAACAAUACCAUACGUAACUCCACUAUAUCGUUAAAUACAACAACAGCCACCACAAAUUGUGCCCUUAAUGGCAAUGCCAUGAUUUCAUCCGUAGUCAUGGCCAAAUUCCUAGAAGAUGAAUUAAAGGCGGGUGAAAUAAAACACUGUGACACGUGUCAGUGUUCCAAGGAUCUAACAGUGUUGGCCGAUGUUUCGCGCUCCUAUUCCGUGGCCACACAAACGCCAUUCGUUACAAAUGCAAAUAGCAGCAAUGGCAACCUUAACGAUUCCAUGGCCCAAUUAUGUUUAAGAUGCUACAGCAAUCUAAAUUCACCAUCACGCACCAAUAGUCCAUUCACUAAGAAUCUACUCAAGUCUAGUGAUUCAGUGAUAUCGGAAACCAAGAGUUCCGUUUCGGAUCUCAAUGAUAUGGAUAAAUUAUUUACGCCUGCGAAAAAAGAUGAUUUAAUGGUGAAUCCCAUAUUGGGACAUCAUCGUUUGUGUGAAAGAACUUCUUUACUCAAGGGUGUCCAUGGUCAGGCAGGCGCUGCCAAGACCUCUUACAAUACAAUUCUAGACAAUAUGAGAACUUUGAAUGGCUAUCAGAGGCGUUUCAUAGAUGGCGGCGGUACAGCUUUAGAAUUGCUAGAAGAACGCUCUAAACUUUUGAAUCCCAAGCAGUAUUCGUUGAAACUGACUAAUCACGAAGACAUUAAUGGCAAUGACGAACUGGAAGAUGAGGAGAAACCUUUAUUGGGUUCUAAUGUAAUACAUUCAAAUCUUUUGGAUAACGAAAUGGAGGAGAGAGAAUCUUUAAAAGUCAAGAGUAAACUAAGAGCUGAAAGUUCUUGUGAGCUGGGAGUGGCAAGGGAUCACAUUAAAUCGCCCACGGCCAGUACUAAAAGUGCUUUAGAUACCAAACUAACAAAUAGUCUGUUGAAAACACAAAUUUCCGGCAGUGUGAAUAGUGUGUGGAGUAAGACGAGCAGCUGUGAAGGUGCUAAAAUGUUUGAGAACUUCAAUAGGAAUCUAAUAAAAACAAUAAAGGCUGAAAAUCCCAAAUACCGAGGACCACGUCUAUGUGCUAUGCGCAUACAACAGAAUGGACAAAGCAAUAUACUUCUUGACAAUAUCGAGUCAAUUGAGGCAUUAACACCCGUCAUCUAUCGGCGACGCGAACGUUUACUCGACGAAGAACUAGAGGAUGGCAAAGAUAUUAUAACGUCCAAAAGCACCAGGGAAACCCAGGCAACAAUAGAAACGGCCAAAGAAGCCAUAGAAACGGAACCUGCUAGCGAUGAUCUAAAGCCCAUGGAUGCAGCUACAAUAAAAGAAGAAAACGAAACGGAUUGCGCAAUAGUUAUAGCGGACUCAAAUCCAAAUGAAACGAUUUUAGUAUGUGGUGAUGAAAAGACUGAUAGUUUGUUAGAAAUUAAGAUGGAAGCAGUAGUAAAGCCCUGCUUACAAACCACAACAGCUACUUAUUACGAUAAUACAUCCAAGAUGUCGGGCACACAAUCAAGUUCCAUAAGUGAAACCAUAGAUUUUCAAGAGACCGUGAUACUGAGAAGACAACAAUUAAGUCGCGUAGCCGAAUGGGUGCAAAACAAUACCCAGCAAAUGGAAAUGGAACAACAACAGCAGCAACAACAUUUAAGUACUUUAAAUCACUGUGAUUCAUCUGGCACCGAUCAUCAAUCCUCAUUUUCCACCUUAGACCAAUUAGAUUCAGUUUCAGUGGAAAAACUUUCAAUGGACUCGGGCUAUAAGACCACACCACAACUACAGCCCAUUACCAAUUCCAGUCAAGAUGAAACUAUUAAAACCUCCGACGAUUCUCUGUCGCCCAAAUCAGAUUUGAACAAUCAAAGUCCUUUGAAUUUUCCACAAAAUCCCUCUAAUACAGAUUCUCCCCAACAGGAACAAACUGAUAGCACACAAAUCUAUAAUACUCCGCAAACCUACUACCGUAGAACAUCUCGUUCUGGUCUACCGGUAGCCUAUACCGCUGCCCUAGAUGCUCAAGACUCUAGCUCUCAGUGUUCCCAGAUUAUACCCGAACAGCCAACAUGUGAUAUACUCAACUAUAAAUAUUAUCCCAAUGACAGUGAUAAAACGAGAGCCAUUAAGGCGGAAUUACACACAACCACGCAAAAUGUUGACAUAGCCCAAAUGGAAUAUAAUGUUAAACAAUUCCUGCUAAAGCAAAACGAAUGGUCCAUGCGCUCAACCAGAAGUCAAAAUCCCAUAACAAAUUCCAAUCAGAUGACAACAGCAUCAGCAGUCCCCACAAACAGGCAUACUUCCAUAAGACAUAUAAAGCUGUUUUCAUCCUCCACUGCUGGCAUAGGACCGGGCAAGGGAGAGCGUGUUAGAACUACAAUUAAUCAACAAAUUGCCAGUACAGUGCCCUCAAAUAUAACGAAUUUGGCAGCAAUCGCCUCCACAACGGACGGGCUAGGAAAUUGUACAAAAUUUAACGAUUUGAAAGUGUCUUCAGCUGCUUCCAAUAAUAAUUCCUCUUUAAAUAAUAAUCAUACAAUAACUACAACAACAUCACAUGGUUCAAUGCCCCAAAGAACUGAAACGAAUUUAUAAAAACCUUAAAUCAAAUCUACAAAAAAAAAAUAAAAAUAUACAUCAAGAAACUUGAAAAUAAUAAUUUCCGUGUCCAAGAAAUUGUAACAAAUAUUUAUAUUCUCUUAUAGUUUAUUUAGUUAGAAAUAAACCUAAAUAGUGGAAAGUUUUAAUAAGAUUAUCAAGUUUCAUUUAAAUAUAGCCACUAAAUGAGGGGUAUAGAAGCAAAGUCUGCUAACUCCAUUAUGUUUCGAGAACUUAUCUAAUAAUUCCUACAUGGCAUUACAUUUGAGGAAUGCUUGUGAUCAUUCAAUAUGCCUAUACCAAAUAGACUUUUAACCGAUAUAAAUCAGUG